GGCUACGGCGAAAGCAGAAAUUCCUAUUUCAAGUGUGACCCACAUAAUGACGAAGGAUGGAAGUGGUUGGGCUUAUUUGAACAUACAUUUUCAGAGUGCGCUACUACCAGUGCCUGUUUUACUGCGAAAACACACUGCUAAACCAGCGAGAAGAGAGGAAGGAGGGAGUGUCUAUUUCUCGGGUGGAUUAUUGCACUGAAGCUUCUCUCUCCAUCUCUCAGCCUUCCCAGCAAAGACUCAGACGGAGAGAAUAUCUGGGAGAAAUCGGACAGCGUGAGGAUAGAAAAGACCCAGUCUGAGCCAGUAGUAAACUCCAGUGGAAGAGCCUCUGCCUGGGCUUUGCGGACCUUGCUUUACCCCGUAUAUUUCCACCUGGGUCACUGGCUCUCCUGACAACACCACUUUCGUAGCUCUUCCCCAAGACACGGCUGUAUACCCCGGGGUGCUAACCCUGUCCAUCUCCCUCUGGUUCCCUGGACCCACAUCACCCUCACCUCUCCCCCAGCAACCCUUCCCUUCCCUGGGCUGAGAUAGAGAUGUCUGUGCCCUCGGCCCAUGAGUUUCACUGGCAGAGCCUGGCACGGCUGCCCAGCGGGCGUGUCUACCACUCCCUGGCGGAGGUGGGGGGGCAGAUGUACAUGCUGGGGGGCUGUGAUGCUGCAGGGAGGCCCUCCCCAGCCUUAGAACUCUACUCUCCAGAGGGGGACCGGUGGCUGAGCCUUCCCCCCAUGCCCACCCCUCGGGCAGGUACGGCCGUGGCGGUGCUGGGCAAGCAGAUCCUGGUGGUGGGCGGUGUAGGGGAUGACCAGCGCCCUCUGAAGGUGGUAGAGGUGUACAACACAGAGGAAGGGAGGUGGAGGAAGAGGAGCGCCCUCAGAGAAGCACUGAUGGGGGUGGCCAUCAUUGUGAAAGAUGGACGUGCGUUGGCUGUAGGGGGUAUGGGUGCAGACCUGCUCCCCCGUAGUAUACUGCAGCAGUAUGACAUGAGGAAGGAUGUGUGGGCACUACUGCCCCCUAUGCCCACACCGCGGUAUGACGCUACCGCACACCUGCUGGGCAACAAGAUCUACGUGGCAGGUGGGCGUCAGUGUAAACGCACGUUGAAAGUCUUCGAGGUAUACGACUCAGAGACACGCUCCUGGACUACACUACCCAACAUGCCUUGUAAACGUUCGUACGGGGGCAUGUUCUGGGACAGUUCGGGGAGGCUGUGUCUGCUGGGGGGGCUGAGGAAGGGAGGAGGCCACCAGAGCUCCAAAUUCACCAAGAACGUCAACAUCUUUGAUACUAACCAGGGGUCAUGGCUGAAGUCAGAGGACACGGUGGCCAUGAAGACUAAGAGGGCUGACUUCGCCUCAGCUUUCCUCAGGGGCAGGAUGGUUGUAGCAGGAGGACUUGGUCACCAACCCUCAGUUCUCGACACGGUGGAAGCCUUCCACCCUCAGAAGAGGAAGUGGGAGAGACUGGUUCCUAUGGCAAUGCCACGAUGCUCCGCCUCCUCCAUCGUCAUCAGGGACCGCCUGCUGGUGGUUGGAGGAGUUAACCAGGUCCCUAGUUCAGCCCAUGAGAUCCUGUACGUAAAAGAGGAGGAGUGUCUGUAGGCUCAAGGACAUGCCCCUUACAUGAUGAUUGACAGCAGGAUGACAGCAAGAAGAUUCCUGGAACAUUCUAUUCAAGAUCAGCGGCUCCAGUGCUUUCAGAACGGCUGUUGGUCUUGGACAAGUGCAAUAUUUUCCAAAGAUCUAUAGCAGAAUAGUAAGGAAGGGGAAGUCAUGCCACAAACACAGAACAUUGCUCUCUGCUGGGUUGUCUAUAUACACUCAAACAAACACAGAACAUUGCUCUCUGCUGGGUUGUCUAUAUACACUCAAACAAACACAGAACAUUGCUCUCUGCUGGGUUGUCUAUAUACACUCAAACAAACACAGAACAUUGCUCUCUGCUGGGUUGUCUAUAUACACUCAAACAAACACAGAACAUUGCUCUCUGCUGGGUUGUCUAUAUACACUCAAACAAACACAGAACAUUGCUCUCUGCUGGGUUGUCUAUAUACACUCAAACAAACACAGAACAUUGCUCUCUGCUGGGUUGUCUAUAUACACUCAAACAAACACAGAACAUUGCUCUCUGCUGGGUUGUCUAUAUACACUCAUACAAACACAGAUUAGAUCCCAAUAAUAAUCAUACUGACUCACAGCAUCCAAAUAUACUCUACACAGACGAGGAGCUGGCUUUCUCUGUAAAUAAGUUAUAUAUACGAGUUUUAGUAAUGAGAAGAUUCCUCUGCACUGUGUGUGUGAUAUCCCUUUAGGGCAAGGCUCUCCAACCCUGUUCCUGGAGAUCUACCAUCCUAUAGGUUCACUCCAACCCUGA